UGAUCUGAAACGAGAAAUUGUUUCGGAGUUCGUGGGUAACGACUCAGGCAAUAAUGCGUUUCUGAGCUUAUGGGACGUCUUGCUGAUAUCUCAUGUAGCAAGUUCGUAAGGUCGUAGGAAGAUUGCUGCACGUUCGCGCGUCUUGACGGAAUACAUAGCGGGCGAAUGACCGGGGAGGCAACGGCUUAGGUUUUAGGUUGGGCCACUGCCAAGGCUGCUGCCAUUGAGGCAGCAUGGAGGAACUGGAGGCAGAGCAGGUCUACCUGCUCAUGCGAAAGGAAUACCGCAUAUCUCGCAAUGUACGAGCCCAGUGGUACUUCUCCCACCUGGGCCAGCUCAUCCAGGUUCCCAAGCGGCACAUGGUGGACGAGUACAAGGACGAACUGGAGGUGGUGUCGGUGAUCCCGGCCAGCCCGCCGCCUGACUGGGACUCGGACACAAGCCACCUGUACCGCUACCGGGUGACUGCACGCACGGGUGUCACCUUCCUGGCGCGCGUCUACCGGCUGGUGUUCUGCCUCGACCUCAGUCCCUCCGUCGCCACCGUGGACACCAGCAGCGGCGUGGUGCUGCUGGACGCCGUGUUCCCCACCCUGGGGCGCUGUCUGGAGGGCAUCACGAGGCCGUUCUACGUGCCGGGUAGCGAGCUGCUGUACAAGCCGCAGCUGUACGUCACUGUGAUCGCGCACACGCCCUUCUUCACCACACAGACACACCAGGUGCUCGUGCAAGGCUGGCUUUUGACGGAGGACAACCUGCAGUCCUUCCUCGGCACGGUGGGCGGCAAGCUCAACGACAUCGAGGACAUGUUCGCCGACGUCACCGCCAUGGCCAACGACCAGCUGGAGGCGCAGCGGAUGGAGUCUGAGCGCCUAGUGGGCCAGCUGUUCGAGGACGAGCCGGGCGACAGCUCGGCCGCCUCGGCCGCCGUGCCCAUGGUCUCGCCCGACAUCGGCUUCGUCAACAUGCUGCGUUACGGCAUCCUGGCGCUGCAGCUGCUGCCGGAGAACAGCAGCGCCGGGCUCAUCGUGGUGACGGACGGCGCCAUCGGCCUGCCGGACGCCACCAUGUUCGACUCGCUGCUGGUGCAGCUGCGCAACAACACAGUGGCGUGCUCGUUCCUGCUGCUGGACUCUGGCUGCCAGCCGAGCGCCGGCCUCGGCUCGCUGCCCUACACCGACCUCAUGCACUUUCUGGCCACGGCCACAUGCGGCGCGCUGCUGGCCCGCCUUCCGGCCGUACUGCACGACUUCGACUAUGUCAUGAAUGUGUACCACCGCGCCUUCCUCUGCUGGGGCUUCCAGAAGAGCCUGGGCGGCUCCGGGCCCAUGCAGCACGCGGCCGGGCAGCCCGACGAGCCGUGGUGCAGCACGCCCAGACUGGAGGGCUGCGUGCCGGACACGCCGCUGGACCUCAUCACCAAGCACCAAUCGGACGGCGUGCUCAACUCCAGCCUGGAGAGCGUGCUGUCGUGCCGGCUGCGCGAGGGAUACAACAUCCGCGCCGUCCAGAUGGAAGACGGCGCCAUCCAGAUCACGCUGGUGCUGCCGUGGAAGUACUCCAUCUUCAUAGAGUACAUGCUGAAGUCGGCCUGGCCGCCGACCGGUGGGGACGUGCAAUUUGAGCUGAAUAUCACGGGUAAGCAGCGGUACACGCCCAGCUACGACUUCCUGCACGACGUGACGUGUGCGCGCACGCGCACCAAGUCGCCGUACCGACAGGCGAUGUUCAGCAAGUUCUGGAGCAGUCUGAAGUCGAUGCGGCACAGCGACCAGCUGCUGGAGCACCUGCACUCGUUCAAUAGCAGCGCUACGCUGUACACGGUCCCGGACGUUGUGCGCAGCGGCGGGCCGCUCUUCUUCCUCUCGGAGAACACCGGCGCGCCCGAGCCAUUCUCCGGUGAGCCCGCCUACCAGACGUUCUGCAACUUCUGGAAGCCCGUGUGCAUGCUGGACAUCAACAUCUGGCAAAAGUGGAUGCACGCCCACAGGAUCGGGCUGCUUCUCGAGCACGAUCACCCCCUGCCCAAGCACCUGUGCCUGCCAAACAACAGCGGACGAUUCAACCCGGUCCAGUGUCGACAGGCCACCAAGGCUGUGACGUCCAUGUUGGCCGAGGUUACCGACUUCGCCCUGCUGGACGGCCACUCCUACAUCAAGUUCCUGUACAGCGCCGAGAAGGAGGGCGCGCCGCCCACCUCGUUCUACAUGCUGCGCGUCAACCUGGCUGUGCGGCCGCCCUGCAUGGUGGUGCGGCUGGCCUUCCUCGGCGGCACACCGGGCGACCUGAGGAACCAGAUCGUGAAGGAGCUGCGGGAGCGGAUCCUGGCGCUGACAUUCACUGAGGGCCAGACGGCCCUGUCGGCCGACCCGCCCAUCCGCAAGAACGCCCGGCCCAUCGAGAAGUCUGCCGUGCCCAAGACGGUGGCCAUUGACGACGGCACGCCGGAGCGGGGUCUGCUGCCGGCCGACCACUACAGCGCCAGCCGGUCGGCCACGCACGAGGUCAGCUGCUGUGUCCUGCUCAAGAAGCCCGUCGAGAAGUUCCUGAUCCGGUACGACCGCGUGCCGCGCAAUUUCCUGAGCCCGGUGUGA